AUGAGCGCCGCAUCGUACCGUAAUUCGCCUGCUGCACCCGCCAGCAGUGCAGGAUCUGACGCGUUUGACACUCGCAAGCGUCAGAGCCGUCGCGAUGAGGCCAUCCGCAAGAAGAUCGAGGGCGAACUGAACCGAAAGGCGGGAAAGCCGUCAACGCCCAGUGCCAAUCGUAGCGGCAACAGCCGCCGUCGAGGUGGACACGGACGAGGUGGAAGCACCAUCAUCGCCGGCACCGUCUCGGCCCUUCGUCCGCUGCCGGCCCUGACGGUGCCGCAGAACAUCAGCGUCGCCGAUGCCAGCCAGCUGUGCGCAGCAAAGAGGACUGACUGUGUCCUUGUCGUCGACGAUGACGAGCAUCUGGCUGGCAUCUUUACCGCAAAGGACCUGGCCUUCAGGGUCGUGGCUGGAGGCAGCGAUGCGCGAACGACGCCGGUCAGCGCCAUCAUGACACGCUCGCCCAUGGUCACGCGCGACUCGACGUCGGCCACCGAGGCGCUCAACACCAUGGUCACGCGCGGCUUCCGUCACCUGCCCGUCUGCAACGACGAGGGCGAUGUCGUCGGUCUGCUCGACAUUGCCAAAGUCUUCUACGAAGCGCUUGAGAAGCUCGAGCGUGCCCACGGCUCUAGCCAGAAGCUCUACAAUGCCCUCGAGGGCGUGCAGAGCGAAUGGGGUCCCUCUGCCGGCCCGCAGAACGCCAUGCUGCAGUACGUCGAGGCGCUUCGUCAGCGCAUGUCCUUGCCCGACCUCUCGACAAUCCUCGACAGCCGAACACUGCCCUGCACCGUCGGUGUGCGCACCACCGUAUGUGACGCAGCCAAGAUGAUGAAGGAGCACCACACGACGGCCGUCUGCGUCAUGGAGGGCGGCGCCAACGGACAGCCGCAGAAGAUUGCCGGCAUCUUUACCAGCAAGGACGUCGUUCUUCGUGUGAUUGCCGCUGGUCUGGACCCCAAGACAUGCUCCGUCGUACGCGUCAUGACGCCCCACCCAGACACGGCCCCACCGUCGCUGAGCAUCCAAGAGGCCCUGAGAAAGAUGCACGAUGGCCGCUACCUCAACCUGCCCGUCGUCGAUGUCGACCAGCGUCUCGUGGGUGUCGUCGACGUGCUCAAGCUUACGUAUGCCACCUUGGAGCAGAUCAACAGCAUGAACGACGGUUCCAGCGGCGAUGAAAACGGUGCCGGGGCUGGCGGCCCCAUGUGGAACCGAUUCUGGAACAGCUUUGGUCAAUCAUCUGGCAGCGUCGGUGGCACAGCCGACGACGGCACUGAAUCCGCACUCAGCAACAGCCAUCAGCCGCAACACGCUGGUCUGGAGCCACAGACGCCGUCGAGAUUCAGUACCGCCGACGUCUCCUCGGACGUGCACCCCAACGACUCUGCUAGCGCCGUGGGCGAUGGCGCCCGUGGCACGGCCACCGAAGAUGCCGUCUCUGGCAUUGGCCUCCCUUCUGCUGCCGCCGCAGCCGCAGCUGAAGUCGACGACGGAACGUACCUGUUCAAGUUCGUGACCCCCAGCGGCCGCACUCACCGCUUCCAAGCCCGAUACGACUCGUUUGAGACGAUUCGCGAAAUCGUCUGCAUUAAGCUGUCUGGCGAUCCCUUCUUCGACGCGCCCUCGCCCAAGGCCACCACGGCUACCAACGAGGAAGGUGGAGCCGCUGCUGCCCCGAUCUCGCCGCCUGAUCCAAACGACUUCAGCCUGGCCUACACCGACGACGACGACGACCUCGUCCUCAUGACGGCCGACGGCGACGUGUCCGAUGCCGUCAAGGUCGUUCGCAAGCAGGGCAAGGACCGCGUCGUCUUGCUGCUCCAGGGCGGCAAGGGCUGGGAGGAGGCGUCGGAGCGGCUCGGCUACGGCAGCGGCGCGGCAGCGGCCAACGGCACAUCGGCGACGGCCAUGAUGAGCAACAAGAAGAAGCAGCAGCGCGAAGCCAUUGACGCACAGCUCCAGAGCGUUGAGGAGGAAGAGGAGAGGGAGAACGAGGCAGAGGUCGGCGGCGCUACUAAGGACUCGGAUACCCCGGCGAGGAAGCCAAAGGCGAAGAAGGCCAAGGACGACGAGGAGCUCCUGUUCGGCGUGCUGCCAAAGGACCUCGCGUUGCCGGCUGCUGUCGGUUUCCUGGGCGUCGCUGUCCUGGCGGCUGUGGCGCUGACAAGAACCUCUUCAUCGAACCGAUUCUAA